ACCAGGGCACCACCACGGUACACUCUCCUAUACAAAAACAAAGGAAGGAACAGAAGCCAUGACUAGCAACAAGAACACUGCCGCCGCCAGGGCGACGGCGACGGUGGCGGUGUUGGUACUAGUAGCGGCGACGCUCCUGGCAACGGUGGCGAAUGCACGGCCUUGCUUGGACGGCGUGCUGCCUCCGUCGACGACGUCACAUGGCGUGGUUGGGGAUCUGCUGCCGCGUAAGAUCAUCCCGCCCUCUGGGCCCAGCGACUUCUGGAGCCCCGACGACGAGCCGUCGCCGCCACCGCCUGCGGAGGCGACAGUCGAUCGCGGUAAUUGAGUGUGAGGAGGAGUGGUGAUGGAUGAGAAAUGCUGGUGAUGUAUAAUGCCAUUUGCGAGAACGAGCUUGAAUAAUCAACAAGAGCGCAGGGUCUUGAUCA